GAGGCCCGGCCGGGCGCCGGCCGGGCUGCUGGGGGCGCGGCGCCGACGCCGAGGCGCGGCCAUGGAGGGGAAGACCCGCGCCGGGGUCGCGCUGGUCCCGGGGCCGAGCGGCCGCGGGCCUUCCGCCCGCCGCGCCCGCCGCCGCCGCCGUCGCCGCCGCCGCCGCCCGGGGCUGCUGCUCCCCGGCCUCUGGCUGCUGCUGCUGGCCGGGCCGGCCUCGUGCGCCCCAGAUGAGCUCCCUCUGGAACAGCACAACCUGUCUUUACCCUCCGUGGAGCUCAUGUUGAAGGAAAGCAUCAUGCACAGCACUGCACAUGUGGCCUUAACCGAAACCACUCCAGGGUCCCAGCAAAGCAGGUCUCUCCAAGUCAGACCCUCUCCAUCUGCCACUACUUUUGAUACAGCCUUUUUUAACCAAGGGCAAUGGACCCAAAGUACAGCCGAGCACAGCGUCUUUCUGGCAAAUUAUGUGUCAGUGACGAGCAACGAGGUCACAGAGGAUGAGGACAUGGAUAACUUUUUGCCAGAAACUCCCUGGACCACUUCCCGCGAGGUCUCUCCGGCUCGAUACAUCACAGUCCGCCCGCCAGGGCCACCCAGAGACAUGUCAGACCCCAUGCCGACUCCCUCAUUACCCAUCAUUGCUUUCCAGGAUGAAGAAGUGACAUCAGCCUGGCAAAACACUGUGCAGCAACCAGCGACGUCUGCUGGAUCCCCCGGUCGUUUUAGUGCUUUUCCGUCAGCUCUUCCCACUUCCAAGGGCAUAAUUGCAGCUCCUAGUGGGAGCUGGGUGUUUUAUCCUACCGAUGCUUAUGGGCACGUAUCAAGCAGGACUUUGCCGGAGAUCACGUCUUCGGGAGUAGAGGGUGCAGAAACCCUCCUCCUCGGCCUGCCGUCUUCCGAGCCUCAGACACCAGGUGAUGGUGUCACAAAACAGCCACCUCGCCCAUCAGGGGAGGUUUUACCGCCUCCAGAGGAUGCUCUGGCCACAGGUAGAGACAGAUUUCCCGAUGUGACUGCUGAUUGGGGUCAAAGUCUAGAUGAAACCAUCUCUCCAAAAACAUACCGUCCUGCAGGUGUGUCCCCAGUGGUGCUUGCUUUCAGCAGCAGCACGCAUUUGGCUUUGUUCUCCACUCCUCUUGCGUUUGGACCCUUUUCUACGCAAUCAGCCGAUAACCCCUUUCUUCCCAGCAACUCGGGCGAGGUAUCCGAAUUGCCUGGCCGUUCUCUGGUCCCAGGUCAUGAGGCCGACACUCACAUCCGGAGCCUGGUGUCUUUGUUCAGCCCGCACACGUGGUGCACGUCCUGUACCAUGGUGUCGCCGCAGUACGAGCUGUCGGCAAGCCUCACAGAGGACGUGGGAUCGGGCGAUGGCGCCGAGACCCUGUCCCUAACCCUCUUGGAAGCCAGCAGCAUCUCUCCACGGAGCAGCAUCAUGGCAGACGUCCCCGAAUUUGAGGAAGAUGCUCCAGCAUUUAAUACACUUUUCCCCUCCAGACCAAUAGUUCCCCUUUCUUCCCCAUCCGUGGAAAUCUCAGCCACGGGCGUUGCGGUUUCAGUGGAGAGAAGAAUGAGUAGUGUUCUGACCUCACAGGUGUAUUCUCCCCACGGCCACCUCCCUGGAUCUGGGUCCCUCGAUCCUGCUCCUGCUGGCUCCCCUUCCAUCGCUGAGUCUCAUGUAAUGCCAUCGGGCGUGACCGCUGUGGUUUCCUCCGUCUCCCCCCGGCUUCCCCUUGACUCAUCUUUCCGCAUCACAGCGAACAGAAACACACCAUCCCCUGAUGUCAGAGGCCCAGGUCUUUUUACGUCUUAUGGUUUGGAUCCUUCAGUAGACUCCUCGCCUUUUCCUGCCCAAGGACCUGCCAGUUUUUCCCGGCAUGAAAGUGCACGUAUUUCGGAUUUUGCCUCCAGCGUUUUCUCCACUCCACCGCUGGAAUCCAGCAGCUGGGUCCCGCCCUCUCCAACGUCAAGGGCUAAGUCAACCUUCAGUCCUCAGGCGUUUUCUGCCUUGGUGGAGACAUUGACACUGACCAGCUCUGUCAAUUCCCCAUUGCCUCAGCUUUCUGUUCCCAAUUCCACACACCUUGACUUGUCUCAGCUCCGGCCAAGUUCGGAGCUUCUUUUAAACACAUUCACUCUCCUCCCUGCCUCCUCUGAAGUGUCACCGCGCUCCAGCGUCCCCUCGGAGUCUCUGAAGGUUUUGGAAGCAUCCACAGUUUCACAGACGGAUUCUGAAGCUCCUUUUACCUCGGCUUUCACCGAGUCUACCUCCUCUUUUGAGUUUUCACACACAUCCCGCACGUCUGCCGUCGCCCCACUAGUGCCCUCCAGUCCUGAGCCCAUUUUGCCCUCGGAAACUCACUUCACGCCACUUUGGACUGCUGUUCAGACCACACCCGCUUUAACUGAAUCUUCUCUCGUUUCAACCCUGACGCCUUCUGAGGGUGACAUCAGUGCUGUGCAGGAUCACACGUCUGUCCCAGCCUCCUCCUCCGAAGUCAUCCCUACCCCCACUCUGCCGGUCACUGCCGGGUACCCGACCCCAGCAUCCUCAUUCGUCCCUGAGCUGAGCCCCUCACCUCUGCCCACAGAGCCAGAUCCUUUACAUGGCCCAUCGUUCGUGCCCACGGAUGUACCAAGGAACACCUCCACUGAGCUGAUUGUGUCUGAUACCAGCGUUGCACCUGGGAAUUCUGUGGACACAACCCCAAACAGCAGAACCUCAAGUCAGAAUCCCCAUGAGGGCAGCACGGCGCUCCCCCCGCCAUCCCUUCAUCCUGUGACCGCUCCCGUUCCCGAAUCAGAGGUUCAUACUCCGGCCCUGCUCACCACCAAGCCGCCGUACGUGUGUGAUAUUUCGGUGCCCGAUGCCUAUCUGAUCACAACCGUGCUGGCCCGCAGAGCCGUGCAGGAGUACAUCAUCACGUCCAUCAAAGAGGUGUUGAAGAGUCACUUCAACCGUGUCGUGGAGCUCAAGGUUUACGAACUAUUUGCUGACUUCACUUUUCUGGUGACAUCUGGUCCCUUUGUUUACACGGCAAUAUCAGUCAUAAAUGUGCUUAUAAAUAGUAAACUCGUACGUGACCAAACUCCUUUAAUCUUGGCUGUGAAGCCCUCCUUCCUUGUGCCUGACUCCAGGUUCCAAGUUCAAACAGUCCUUCAGUUUGUGCCGCAGAGCGUGGACACCGGCUUCUGCAACUUCACUCAGCGCAUCGAGAAAGGCCUGAUGGUCGCUCUGUCUGAAGUGAGAAAACACCACCAGGGGGCGUACAACCUCACGGUGCAGAUCUUGAACAUCACGGUGGGGUCCUCAAGGCUGGCCCCUCGCCGGGGCCCCGUGAAUAUCGUCUUUGCUAUUAAAGGCGUGCAGGGCUUUCUGAACGGGUCCGAAGUGAGUGAGCUGCUCAGGAACUUGAGUGUGGUGGAGUUCAGCUUCUACCUGGGGUACCCGGUGCUGCAGAUUGCCGAACCCUUCCAGUACCCCCAGCUCAACCUGUCUCAGUUGUUGAAGUCGUCUUGGGUAAGAACAGUCCUCCUGGGUGUUGUUGAGAAGCAGCUCCAGAACGAAGUGUUUCAGGCUGAGAUGGAGCGCAAACUGGCCCAGCUGCUGAGCGAAGUUUCCACCAGAAGGCGGAUGUGGAGAAGGGCCACUGUUGCUGCCGGGAACAGCAUGGUGCAGGUGGUAAAUGUAUCGCGGCUCGAGGGAGACGACAAUCCCGUGCAGCUCAUCUACUUUGUGGAGGAUCAGGAUGGAGAAAGACUCAGUGCAGUCAAGUCUUCAGAUCUGAUUAACAGGAUAGAUAUCCAGAGAGCGGCCAUCAUCUUGGGUUACCGGAUUCAAGGCGCUGUUGCCCAACCCGUGGACAGGGUGAAGAGGCCGGAGCCGGAGUCGCAGAGCAGCAACCUCUGGGUCAUUGUGGGCGUGGUCAUUCCGGGGCUGCUGGUGGCGCUGAUCGUCGUCAUCCUCUACUGGAAACUCUGCCGCACGGACAAGCUGGACUUUCAGCCUGACACUGUGGCCAACAUUCAGCAGCGGCAGAAGUUACAGAUCCCUAGUGUGAAGGGCUUCGACUUUGCAAAGCAGCAUCUGGGGCAGCACAAUAAGGAUGACAUACUGAUCAUUCACGAGCCAGCCCCCCUGCCAGGACCCAUGAAGGACCACACCACGCCCUCCGAGAACGGAGAUGUGCCGAGUCCCAAGGCAAAGAUCCCUUCCAAGAACAUCCGGCACCGAGGAAGAGUUUCCCCUUCAGAUGCCGACUCUACAGUAAGUGAGGAGUCCAGUGAGAGGGAAGCAGGGGACAAGACUCCAGGAGCGGUGACCGAUGGCAAGUCCCACAGAGCCCCUCAGAGUGGGGCACCUCCCAGCUCGGGGAAUGAGCAGCACUCGUCCGCCUCCAUCUUUGAGCACGUGGACAGGAUCUCCCGCUCCUCGGAGGCCAGUCGGCGGGUCCCCAGUAAGAUCCAGCUGAUCGCCAUGCAGCCCAUCCCAGCUCCUCCGGUUCCGCACCCCAUACUGGCCGACCGAGUGGCAGAAACCAACAAAAUCAACAAAGAGAUUCAGACGGCGCUGCGGCACAAGUCGGAGAUCGAGCAUCACCGCAACAAGAUCCGGCUCCGCGCCAAGCGCCGCGGGCACUACGAGUUCCCGGUGGUGGACGACCUGUCCUCGGGGGACACGCGGGAGCGGCACCGCGUGUACCGUCGGGCACAGAUGCAGAUCGACAAGAUCCUGGAUCCCACGGCCAGCGUGCCCUCCGUGUUCAUAGAGCCCAGGAAGAGCUCCAGGAUAAAACGUUCUCCUAAGCCCCGCCGGAAACACCAAGUCAACGGCUGUCCAGGAGAUGCCGAGAGGGACAGACUCAUCACCACAGACAGCGACGGCACGUACAAGAGGCCCCCGGGUGUCCACAACUCUGCCUAUAUGGGGUGCCCGUCUGAUCCCGACCUGCCGGCCGAAGUGCAGACGCCGUCCUCCGCUGAGCUGGGGCGGUACCCAGGCCUGCCCUUCCCCGCCUCCCAGUACGUCCCUCCCCAGCCGUCCAUCGAGGAGGCGCGCCAGACCAUGCACUCCCUGCUGGACGAUGCCUUCGCCCUCGUGGCCCCCAGCAGCCAGCCCCCUAACGCUGCAGCUGCGGGCCCCGGGCUCCCGGCGGGCCUGCCCGUGAACAGCACCCCUUCCGGGGAAGAGCGACGAACCACCCAGUGGGGGUCCUUCUACAGCCCGGCUCAGACGGCCAACAACCCAUGCAGUAGAUAUGAAGACUAUGGAAUGACCCCCCCGUUGGGCCCGUUAUCAAGACCAGGUUUUGGCCCCGGUUUGCUGCCGUCUGCGGAGCUGGUGCCUCCAGAGGCCCAUCAGCCACAGGCAUCGUCCGAAGUCACCUCGUUUGCUGCCCGGGGGAUCUACUCUGAGGAGGGGCCAUCAGUGGCCCGGCCUCGGCCGGUCGGGGGCACCACAGGCUCCCAGAUCCAGCACCUGACUCAGGUGGGAAUUGCCAGCAGAAUCGGAGCUCAGCCAGUGGAAAUCCCACCAGGCAGAGGUGGCCAGUACGGGGGACCAGGCUGGCCUUCUUACGGGGAGGAUGAAGCCGGCCGGAGAGAGGCUACACACGUGCUCGGCCAUCAGGAGUACUCGUCCUCACCGCUCUUCCAGGCGCCAAGGACUUCAGGCCGGGAGCCCUCCGCCCCUCCCGGGAACCUGCCGCCCCGGGGGCUGCCGGGCGCCGGGCUGGCCUACCCCGCCAGCUCCACGGAAGACCUUCAGCCCGGCCACUCCUCGGCCUCGCUCAUCAAAGCGAUCCGCGAGGAGCUCCUGCGGCUCUCGCAGAAGCAGAGCGCCGUGCAGAACUUCUACAGCUGAUCGGCCUCGCCUCCCGCAUUUGCCAAGUAUCUGCUUCCUGUGGAAGCAAGACUGGAAGGAAAGCAGCCGGGCGGGUGUUUGUCAGAGGACGAGCAUCUCCUGGGGCCACGUGCCCGAGGAAGGCAGCAGGUUGCAAUUUUAGAAGAUGCCAUAAGUCCGUGACAGCUUGUCAUGCUUUUUCUACGUUGGCAGUUUUUGUGACCACUUGGGUAGCGUUGACGUUUCUGUACUUUAGGCCAAAAGCCAGCAGCACUUCACGAAAGACAGAGCGCGAUUCUGAGCUCAUGAAGUGACUGUGAGUCUCGUUUUUAAAAGGCAAAAGAUGACCAUGUGUAGCUGGUGUAGGGGUUAAAGGGAUCGAGUGUUUCCGUGGGAAGAUGUGAUUCAGACUGGUUUGUACGAUGAACCUGCUGCUUUGUUUUCUGAGAAGAGAGAUUCGAAGACAUUUUCUUAACAGCUUGAUUUCCCUCUUUUCCUCCAUAGGAACUUAUUUUAAUAGUAAUAUUAACAACAAGAAUACCACCACUGGGAAUUUAAAAAGCUACUCGUGAGAAACCAAAUGAUAGAUUGUAGAGCCUGACGAUUCCAAAUGAAGCCAUCAUCUGCGUUUUCCUUCUAUUUCUGGUGCUACAGCCCCAAGAGCCCCCUUAGCCUUGUCCGUGAAAUGCAACUUUGGCUUUCUCAAUGGAAGAAAAGCUUGAAGGUUUCAUUUUGUUCUAAAAGGAAAAAAAGAAAAAAACAAAAAACAAACAAAAAAAACCAAACUCCCUGCAUGGGAGAAAAAGCUUAAUAUUUAUUUGGUUAUUCAAAAUACAUAUCAGAGUUUAGAUUUACAUUCUUAA